AUGAUUGCACUAACAACUUUUGUUUUUGUAUUGUUUAGUUAUUUUCAAUCGACAUCAUUUGGAAUUGGAAUAGGUAUUCCUGGUGUCAUUAAUGUUGCAGUAGGGUAUAGUAAAACGUUGAAACAAAUUCAAGAAGCCAUAACAAAAAGUGAAAAAGCUGUAGGAGUAUCAACAAUAUGGUGGGGUCUUUAUUCAGUUGAACUUGCUCUUCCUUCUCUUCUUAAAUUGGAUCCAAUGUUUAUUCAAAGUGUUGAUUUAUUAGCUUCUGAAGCAUCGAAUCCAUCUAAUGAAGAUCAUCAAGCAUAUUAUAAUCAAUUUAUUGAAACAUAUGGAACACAUUAUGUUUCUCGUAUUAUUGUUGGUGGUACAGCUCAUUUAUAUACAUUAAUGGACUCAAGUUACUAUAAAGAAUCUUCAUAUGAAGAAAGAACAAGUCAAGUUAGAUUAAUGUUUCAAUAUAAACAAUAUAAUGGUCAAAUUGGAUCUAAUUUAGGUGCAAUUUGGGCUUCAAUGAAAGAAAAAUUUAAGACCACUGCAGCUACAUUAUCCGUUUUUCAACCUCCAGUAGCAAGCCAAGAAAAUAAAUCAGAUUGGGAAACAUGGCAAAAAACAGCUGGUAAUUAUCCAAUUGUAGUUAAUCGAACAUUAUUUUCUAUUCAUAAUUUAAUCAAAAAUAAAUCAACAGUUCGAGAACAUUUACGUAAAACAAUUGAAUUUUAUUUACAAAAAGGAGUAAUGCCAACAUUAACUGAAUUGAAUGGUCAAAGGAAACGUCGUAAUUCUUUAAUACCACAAAAACCUCAAGGUUCUAUAAUUGGACUUGAUGUUGUUGGUUGUGGAUAUGAUCCUCUUCUAUUGGAAAGUAAAUAUUGUAUAUUUGAUCAAAGUAAUUUCACUGAAAAUGAAACAUGGUCAGAUCCAUACAAUAAAACUUUAACUUAUUCAAUACCUAAUGGAUGGUUUGUUGUUAAUACUCCUGAAUCAUUAACAUUGGACGGUUCAAUUAUAGUAACAUCUGUAGAAGAUUAUUUUCGUUGGACAAGAACAGUUACUGUUAGAAAGUCAGGUGGUUUUUUAGGUAUUGGUCGAAAACGUACUCAAAGAACAGUAACUGAUUUUUAUCGUCGUUUCUAUCAAGAUUAUUACAAUUUAGUACUUCGAAUGAAACAAAUUGGCUGGUAUACAUUAUCAGUAACAGCAUUUCCAUAUCCAAAAUUAAAUCCAACAGCUCAAGCAGCCUUUGAUAAUUUACCAACACAUUUUGAUUUAAAAGAUUUACGAAUUUGGCAAGAUUUUUUUAAUAUAUUUGGGACACAUGUUGUUGUAUCAUCUAAUAUGGGCGGUCAAGUUUGCACAGAAACAUGGUAUGAAAAAUGUUUAACUUAUGAACAUACACAAACAUGGAUUGACGAACAAGUCUCAUGGAAUUGGUUGUUUUUCACAGGGAGCCGAGAUACAUACGAUUAUAGACAACAAAUUGAUAAACGUUUUCAACAACAUUCUAUAUCUUCAUCUCAAUUAUUUGGUGGUACCGAGUCUAUGGAUCCAUCUGAAUGGGAAACAUGGGUUCCAACAAUAAAAACAAAACCCCGUCCUAUUUCUUAUCGUCUUAUGUCAUUCGAUGAAAUUCUACCAGAAAGUGAUCUACGUAAUGCACUUAAAGCAGCAAUUGAUUAUGUUUUAAAAAUAGCUGAAAAAGAAGAUCGUAAUUAUGUCAAUCAAUUAGAAAAUCUACGAGGUCCACCGAAAACAAAAUGUAGUCGAAAUCAAAUUCGUACAAAACGUGAGAACCCAAUAGUAAAUUACGAAGAAGCGAAGAAUGUUUUAUGUCCCUAUAUCGGAUAUGAAGGAAAGGAGUGUCUUGGAUCAAAAAUAAGAGGGCGAGGUCUAAUAGCAGAAAAUGCUACUAGAUUACCAAUUGGUAUUGGUAUGACUCUUGAUAUAACAACAGGUACACUACUUCUUCCUGCGUUGGAGUAUACCUAUCUUGGAAACAACUAUUGGACAGAUCCGAUCUCAAAUAUAGUAUAUCAAGCUCCUCGUGGAGUAACUUUUCCUGAAAUUAGCCAGGAUGAAAAUAACCCUAUUGCUCGUGUUUUUCUUACAGCUGCUGAAUUAUCAAAUGAAUGGAAAUAUGAAAAAUUAAGAGGAAGUUGGUUAGGUGGAGAAUUCGGUCAUUCAAAAUCAUUAGCUGAUAUUUACAAUAGAUUUUUUUCAAAUAAUCAAGCAACAUCUAUUACACAAAAACCAAAUGUUUUAUAUCGAUUACGUGUUGAAAAUCUUCAAUUAAAUACAUAUGCUAAACAAGCCAUAGCAAGAUUACCAACGACAUAUGAUGAAACUUUAUAUAGUGAUUUUUUACGAAAUUGGGGUACACAUAUAGUGCAACAAUCUCUUAUUGGUGGAAUGCAUGAACAACAAGUUCUUUUUAAAGAUUGUGUAUUUUCAUUUAAUGGUGCAAUUACAUCAGAUAAUUUAGAUGAUUAUCUUAAAAAAGAUAUUCUUUCUGAAACACUUGGAAAUAGUUUUUAUGCUGAUCGUCGAAAAAUUUCUGUUGAUCAUUGGCUUGGCGGUGAUCCUACUGAGAAGAACGAAACACGUUGGCAACAAACAUUAGUUGCUAAUCCGGCUUUGUUGAAAAUUGAAGAAUAUGUACCUUGGUCGGAUGUUAUUGAAAUUGAUUCGAGUGUGCGUGAAAAUUUAAGAAAAAUCAUUCAAUCUCGUACUGCAGCAGCUGAUAAAGUUCGAAUUGAUGAAGAAAAUCGAUUGAAUGAACAACGUAUCAAUGGAAACUAUAUGACUAGAAAAGGCUCAAUUGGUCUUCUAAACAAUGGUCAAUGUGAUAUAAUACCUGCAACAUUUGGUUCGGUAAACGAUUGUUCAGAAGGAUGUCCAACUAAUACACAGAUAAAAAUCAAUGAUAAUUUUUUUGAUAAUCAACAACUUUGGUAUGUGAGAGAUGAAACAACAGGAUUUAUUCGAGCUCGAGCGCGUCUAGAUGCAAAAACAGUACUUGAAGGACCUAUGGUCAAUGUUGGAUGCUCAUCGAUUAGUACUGAAAAAAAUCGUACGACAUCUGCUCAUAUAUGUGUUUCUUGUGAUUUAGUUAAUAGUUUUGACAAUCAAUGUGUAUGCGUUUGUCCAACAUAUCCACCAUCGAGUGGAUAG